CUUUUUCUAAUACGAUCAUCCUUAUCACUCUCCCAGUUUUUAUUGGAUGGUAAGCUUCUGUAUUUUUUAUCUUCGUCAGCGUCUCGAUUUCAUAUUUUGCGUGUGACCAACAGGAGAUUGUAAAACUGGAUAUGAAAGUUAAUUACUGAUCCAUGAAAAUCACGUGGUGUAUUGAAUUUCUAUAUUCUGGAAAAAUAAGACCAGACAGCCUCUAGAUUCUACAUCUUCUUUGGGCCCCGACUCUAUCUCAAUUCAUACAUUCAUAUUAUUGCAGUUUGCGAGCUCAGAUACCAUCAACCUACCAGUCUUUAUUACCACAUUAAUUUUAGUUUUAAUUUUCGCCUAUCUUGGUAAAUUCAUCCCGUAGUCGUAUCUACACGCCUGCGUCUACAAGAUUUGACAAUCGAGCACUACAAGCCAAAAUAAAAAAGAACAGCGCUUCUUGAUCUUGAAUUGAAUUGAAACAGGAAUAUCUGUCUUCAUAAGACACAAGAAAAGCUGAACCUGUAUUUGUAUUUCAGCUAUUCACUUGCCCACCAUCAAACACGCUGCCUCAUGGACACCGAAGAAGUCAUCGAAUUCUUGGGAUAUGUUCCUUUGCUGCAGAGGCUACCCAGUUCUUCACUCAAGAAAAUCGCUGAAGUUGUCAUUGUUGAACGCUACGAGAAAGGAGAGCAUAUUAUUCGUGAUGGGGAAAUUGGGAAGGGAAUUUAUUUCAUAUGGGAAGGACAGGCUGAAGUUCAAGGGCCAGUUCAUGCCGAGGAAGAAGAUCGUCCUGAGUUUCAGUUGAAACGAUAUGAUUACUUUGGUCAUGGUACAUCCACAUUUUUUCAGCAUGGAGAUGUAAUUGCUUUGACUAAGCUGACCUGCUUAGUGCUGCCUCAUGAACAUUGUACUUUACUUCAAACAAAAUCUAUCUGGAGCACAGAUAAGACGCAUGAUACAUGCUCACUUGUGGAGAAAAUAUUGCAUUUGGAGCCUAUAGAUGUGAAUAUAUUUCAAGGGAUUACUUUGCCAGAUGCUCCAAAAUUUGGGAAGGUUUUUGGAGGACAGUUUAUUGGACAGGCACUGGCUGCAGCAUCAAAAACUGUUGAUUGUCUUAAACUUGUCCAUAGUUUUCAUUGCUAUUUUCUUCUGGUUGGGGAUUUUGACAUGCCAAUUAUAUACCAAGUUCACCGUGUACGAGAUGGCAACAGCUUUGCAACCAGAAGAGUAGAUGCAGUACAAAAAGGAAAUAUUGUAUUCACAUUGCUUGCUUCAUUUCAAAAAGAACAAAAGGGGUUUGAACACCAGCAAACAACCAUGCCAUCAGUGACACCUCCAGAAAGGCUUCUGUCCUUGGAAGAGACACGUGAGAGACGCAUAAUUGAUCCUCGCCUUCCUAGGAGCUACCGAAACAAGGUUGCCACAUCAGAAUUUAUCCCUUGGCCCAUAGAGAUGAGGUUUUGUGAUCCUAACAAUAGCACUAAUCAGACUAAAUCUCCACCAAGUUUGAGGUAUUGGUUCAGAGCAAAAGGAAAACUUUCAGAUGACCAGGCUUUGCAUAGAUGUGUGGUGGCAUUUUCUUCAGAUCUAUUAUUCAGUACAGUUAGUUUGAACCCUCACCGUAAAAAGGGUUUCAGAUCAUCUUCUCUCAGUCUAGACCACUCGAUGUGGUUUCACCGGUCGUUUAGAGCUGAUGACUGGUUGUUGUUUGUGAUUGUGAGCCCUAUUGCUUACAAUGGACGCGGGUUUGUUGCAGGAGAAAUUUUUAAUAGAAAGGGAGAGCUUGUUGUAACUGUAACUCAAGAGGCUCUACUCAGGACUCCUAAAACCCCGAAUUCAAAUACAGCAACUGUAUCAAAGUUAUGAACACAAUACGUAACACAUGUUGUAAUAAGCAGAGCCAUUUUGUGAUUUAUCAGGUUCUGGAUUUUUCAGUCUAUAGAAGUUAUUCAUGUAACGCUUCAUUCAUGUCUUGUAACAAAAUUCGGAUUUUAGGACUGCUACACCCAUUGUUUUAGGUUGUGGUAAUUGUUAUGAAGUUAUUUUAAUUUUAUAAAUGCUAUUCACAUAGAAAUGUUCAAUUUUAGCCGUUUAUUGAAUAAUUUUCUUUUUGGUUCA